GCCCGAUCCUGCCCAUGGAGCCCGACGCGGAGCUGCGGAGCCAGGCGGGCCCAGGCCCGGCCCCGGCCCCGGCGCCCCCGGCCUCCUUCUCCGAGAUCCUCCGCCUGGUGCGGAGCGGCCAGGACGUGCCCGGCCUCCACCGGCCCAGCGUCACGGAGCCUGGCGAGCCCCACCCCUCGCGCCUGGCCCGCCGGCCCAAGCCCUGGGAGCGGGCCCGCCCGGCCGAGCCCCCGCAGCCCUGACGCGAGCCCGGCUCGUGCACGGGGACCCCGGCGGGCGUUACAGGGCCGCAUGGGCCCGGCCUGCCCCGGGCUGGGGAGAGGCGCGUGCGGGGUGCGCAGCUGGGCUGCGGGAGCCUCGCUCCGGCCCCUGGGCUCAGCCUCAGCACCGCUCGGUCCAGUACGGACCGGGCCCCGAGCCGAGACCG